CCAAUUAUAGUCUUUAGUAUUACUAAAUUAUUUAUUCUUUUAUUUCUCAAAAAUGGAUGGUGAAGAAGUUGCUGCUCUUGUUAUUGACAAUGGUUCUGGUAUGUGUAAAGCCGGUUUUGCUGGUGAUGAUGCACCAAGAGCUGUUUUCCCUUCAAUCGUAGGUAGACCAAGACAUCAAGGUAUCAUGGUCGGUAUGGGUCAAAAAGAUUCCUACGUUGGUGAUGAAGCUCAAUCAAAAAGAGGUAUUUUAACCUUAAGAUAUCCAAUUGAACAUGGUAUCGUUACAAACUGGGAUGAUAUGGAAAAGAUCUGGCAUCAUACUUUCUACAACGAGUUAAGAGUUGCUCCAGAAGAACACCCAGUUUUAUUAACUGAAGCUCCAAUGAACCCAAAAUCCAAUAGAGAAAAAAUGACCCAAAUCAUGUUUGAAACUUUCAACGUUCCUGCUUUUUACGUCUCUAUUCAAGCUGUUCUCUCCUUAUAUUCUUCCGGUAGAACCACCGGUAUUGUUUUAGAUUCUGGUGAUGGUGUUACCCACGUUGUCCCAAUUUACGCUGGUUUUUCUUUACCUCAUGCUAUCUUAAGAAUUGAUUUGGCUGGUAGAGACUUGACUGACUACUUGAUGAAAAUUCUUUCUGAACGUGGUUACAGUUUCUCCACCACUGCUGAAAGAGAAAUUGUUCGUGACAUUAAAGAAAAAUUAUGUUAUGUUGCUUUAGACUUUGAUCAAGAAAUACAAACCUCUGCUCAAUCUUCUGCUAUUGAAAAAUCUUAUGAAUUGCCAGAUGGUCAAAUUAUCACAAUUGGUAAUGAAAGAUUCAGAGCCCCAGAAGCCUUAUUCCAUCCAUCUGUUUUAGGUUUGGAAGCUGCUGGUAUCGAUCAAACUGCUUACAACUCUAUCAUGAAGUGUGAUGUUGAUGUUAGAAAAGAAUUAUACGGUAAUAUUGUCAUGUCUGGUGGUACCACCAUGUUCCCAGGUAUUGCUGAACGUAUGCAAAAAGAAAUCACUGCUUUGGCUCCUUCUUCUAUGAAAGUUAAAGUCAUUGCUGCCCCUGAACGUAAAUAUUCUGUCUGGAUUGGUGGUUCCAUUUUGGCUUCAUUAUCAACUUUCCAACAAAUGUGGAUCUCAAAACAAGAAUAUGAUGAAUCUGGACCAUCAAUUGUUCAUCAUAAAUGUUUUUAAGGUAAUUAAUCAAUUAUUUAAUUAUUCAUUUUUAAUUAAUAUAGUUUUUUAGUUUUUUGCACAUUUGUUUUGUUUAGUUUUUUUAUAAUUUUAAUUUAAUUUAAUUUGAUACUAUUUAGAUUCCACUUUAUUUUUUUU